CAAUGCUGUACUCCUUCAGGUACAGUUGUUGGGUUUUCAUCCGCAACAUACACCGGAACUGAGACGAGUGGAAAUGUUGCUGUAUGUAUCGAGAUUUUGAACCCUCCUUCUGGUGGUGCUACCAAACCUUUUGACGCAAUUUUACUUCCAGCGCAAAGUAUUUCUGACAAUCCACAACUGCAACAGGUGGAAUGUAACACAAAGUUUGAAUUUGAACGGGGAGACUCUGUGAAGUGUCAUGACUGCAGCAUCGUCCAAGAUAAUGUUUGUAACAUGGAAGAAAACACCACAUCUUUGGAACUGAUCUUAACUGUAGCAUCUACUGAUACAUUGGGUGUCUCUUCAUCCCGAUCCAGUACAACAAUAAUUGUUGAUGAUAGCAGAGAGCCAGAAUGUUAUGCGAGAGUUGGUUAUGAGCACACAAGCUAUACCAUAUCGGAACUGACAAGUACUGAGGAGAUAUGUGUCAUUAGUUUGUCCCCAGAAAUCGAUCCAAAUUUCACCAUCAAUAUCGCAACUUACACCACGCCAAAUGCAGUGGAUCUCUUCCAACCUACUUCAAAUAUCCUUCAUUUUGUUAGUAACUCCUAUAAAAAGUGCUACGAGACCACUUUUGACUUUGAUGUGGAUAACGUAUGUGAGCGUUUUAACUGCAGUGCAAUACUACUCGAGUCAACAAUGACAAAAGUAGAUGACACUGCUCAUGUGUAUAUCAACGGAUCAACUGCUUCAGUAGUAAUUGCACUGCCCGAGAGGUGCAUGUGUACCAAUGAACCCACGGUCUCCACUCUCUCUGUAUCAAAUGACAGCAUUCUCUUAGCAACAACCAUUUCUUCACUGGUGGUAGCGAUUAUCAUCAUGGCUGUUAUAGUGUUGAUCGUGCUUUGGUACAGAAAGGGCAAAAAGAUUAGUCUUGAUCAGUUUCUCCCACGCAGCAAUCAGCGUGGUGCUCUCGAGAGUCUUCAAAACAUAUUUUCUAACGGUCGACUUGAGAUGCAAAAUACCCCAUAUCGAGAGUCAGAAGGUGUCUCUGCGGAGCAGUAUGGUGCUGCAGACAAAACAGAAACCGAGAAGUCUUUCCUUUCCGCACAACUAAAAGAUAUGCUGAAAAAUAAGAGAAUGUUAUUUUCCGAGAAUCAAAUCGAGCUUUCUACCACCAUUGGUCAAGGUCAGUCGGGGCUGGUCUAUAGCGCCUAUCUUAAAACUGCAGCAGGAAAAGGAGCUAGUCGCUGUCAAAACUGUCAAGGCGCUUUUCUCCAAGACUGACGUAGAACAACUGGCAAAGGAGGUGUCGACCAUGUUGUCACUAGAGCACACUAACGUCAUGUCUCUACUGGGAGUGUGUGUAGCUACAAAUGGUCCCCUACUAAUUAUGCCCUUUAUGACUAAUGGAUCUGUCCUGGACUUUAUUAAACAACAUAAAGAUGAGCUCCUCUUUACCUCAGUGGAAUCAAAGGUCGUUAUGUUUACAAUUCCUUAUAGGGUUUAGCUUUGGAAUUUUAUAUAUCAAAAUGGUACAGUUGCAGAUCGCCAGAAAGAGGCUAUUGAAAAUCUGUCACCAAACUGCAAUGGGUAUGGAGUAUCUUGCACUGCAGCGUUUUGUUCAUCGUGACCUGGCAGCAAGGAACUGCAUGAUUGACCAUAAUUGGGUCAUCAAAGUAGCUGAUUUUGGACUAACAGAAGACAUGUUUGGAGCCAACUACUUCCGUCGGGGGAACAGAGAGGGUGAGGACGAGGAGAAGGUGCCCAUCAAGUGGAUGGCUCCUGAGAGCCUGGAAGAAGACAUCUACACCGAGGCCACUGACGUGUGGUCAUUUGGAGUGACAGUUUGGGAAGUCUUCACUUGUGGAAGGAUCCCAUAUCGUGGUAUUCCAGUCAUGUAUCUACUGGAGGCAAUAAAAGCAGGAAAGAGACUGGAGAAACCUGAGAACGAGGCCUGUCUUGACGAAGUAUAUGAAAUAAUGAAGAGUUGCUGGUCCCUGAAGCCCAGGGAGCGUCCAACAUUCCAACAUUUGGUCGGCCAGUUUACAAGUAUUUUGGAGAAGACUUCAGGCUACUUGGAAUUAAGUCAGGCUCCGAGUCUACUUGAGUUCCGCUGGAAUGACACUUCCCCUUCCUCUCACCCUACUCCCUCUUCUCCACCUACUGCCCUUCCUGUCCUACAGGAACAAGAAGAACCCGAGGAUGGGAACGAGGAUGAAUUUUGAAACAAAGAAAGUCCUCUACUCAUGUGAACACAAGUUAAAAUACUGUCGUCGCGUCUGUUUUGCAACUAGCUAGCAAAUCAGUGUGUGUUUAUUAUACAUGAAGUUGUACAACCUCAGGAAAAGUAUG